CCAGUCUCUCCCGCGGCGCCCGUCGCCGGGAGGCCGUGGAACCUCGGCGUUGCCGCACUCGAUAUCGUCCCGCUCGUAUUCUUGUACGUCGGUAUGCAAGAAUCGAGCGGGACGGCAUCUGAAUGCCAUCAAUGUGUGCGUUGUGUGCAGCGCUGGAGUCCGAGAAAUGGGCGCUUUCUGAGCUGGGCUCCGUCAGGGAUUCAACCUUGGAGUGUCGGAGACGGGGGGAGGGGGCGAGUUGCUAAAGCUCGCGUACUUGACAGAAGAAGAUCUGAACACGAUGAUACGGCCGCAGGCUGCUCCUGUAGUCGUGCUGCGGCAGAACACCAAACGCGAGCAGGGACGGAAGGCCCAGCUGGCGAACAUACAGGCAAGCGACGCCCAGCUGCAUGCCGUUGGAUAGAUCUGCACACGCACAUGACCCUUGCUGUGUGUACGUCAGGCUGGCAAGACGAUAGCUGACAUUGUGCGUACGACACUCGGCCCGAAGUCGAUGCUCAAGAUGCUUCUGGACCCCAUGGGCGGCAUCGUCAUGACCAACGACGAGAGCGCCAUGCUCAGAGAGGUACGGGUGGCACACGCAAAGAUGCGUAGAUGCCGCACUCGUCAUUGCCUUUCUCUGUUGCGGUGUGAUUUGCAGGUUGACGUGGCUCACCCCGCCGCCAAGUCGAUGAUAGAGCUGAGCCGCUCGCAGGACGAGGAAGUGGGAGACGGAACGACCUCAGUGGUCGUCCUCGCCGGUACGCAUAUAUACAUCCACACACCCACUCAUGUGCCCAUAAGUGACGCCCAUACGGUGGUGGUGGUGGUGCGCGCAUGUGUCGUUGUUCAGGCGAGAUUUUGGCUGUGGCCGAGCACUUUUUGGGUCGCAACAUGCACCCCACAAUCAUCGUGGCGGGAUACAUCCAGGUCACCAGACGGACGACGGGAUUGUAAGACUCGUUUCGACACAUCGUGGCCAUCUCAUUGCCUUGCUGUGUGUCAGGCUUUGGAUGACGCGUUGAAGAUCCUCAGCGAGAUCGCCACGCCCAUCGAUGCUUCCGACGACAAGCGAUUCACCGAGAUCGUCCACACAUGUACACACCCACACAACCACACAACCACAUCCACACAUUCGCGAGACCGACACGCGACUGGGUCUGUGUGCCGUUGUGUGGGUCAGGCAUCGACACUAAGUUUUCCGCCCGUUGGGGCAACAUGAUCAGCGACUUGGCUGUCAAGGCCGCCAAGUGCGUCACGAUCGAGCUGCCUAAUGGCAAGAGGGAAAUCGACAUCAAGGUGAAGCAGCCAGCAGCCGUUCGGUGAUUGAGGGAGCUGCGGAAUCAAGCGACGGACGGAGCUGACCCUUUCAGAUAGAUACCUUCAGCGUGUAUCGAGUGCCUGCACCUACCGGCCUGGCCGAGCGGCAGCUCUGCAUGCAUCAAGCGAGCAUCAGGCGGAAUAGCACAACGAGGUCUGGUGGAGAGAUGGGUGCUCACCACUAUGGCAAGGCAGCCGGCUGAAGGGCAGAAUGGAUGGAUGGAUGGAUGGAUGGGAUGGAGUAGGGAGAGGAGCGCAACACACGGACGGACGGCUUGAUUGAUUGAGACAGGCCGAGUUGACUGAGCUGCGUGGAGCGAGUGACUGACCGUCAGCCCGGCGGCAAGUUCGGUCAUGGCCAACAACGGCCGUCUGCACGGCCCUGACAAGCAGACAGAGAUGGACGGUUAGCUAGUUACCUACGAGUGGCAGUGGGUGGGCGAGUGGAGGAGAAUUACUGAGGCAUAGAGUUGUGGUGGAAAUGGCUGGCUGCAGUCCUAUGUAGGGCGAGGGCAAGACCAGCACAGGAAUGAUAUUACUGGGUGAUUGUGCGUACGGAUGGUGUGCCUGUGUGCUGUCCGGUGGUCAUGAUGAUGGGUGCGUGGUUUAUAUGUAGUUUGUGUGUAUGUAUAGGACGUGGGUAGGAAGAGGUGUGUGUGUGUGUGUGUGUUAGAAAGGUUGAGCAUGACGAGAAGCUUGCGUCCAUUGCACGCAGAGUGACCUAACACGCCAAUGGACACAGAAAUGCGCCAAGAUGGCUCCAUUCACAUCAACCUCACC